AUGGGCACCACCGCCCUGCCCUACCGCGACAUCAAUGUGCACUCGUCGCCCGCGCACUACGCCUUCUCCUCCCCAUCGUCCCCCUCUGCCCCGACGCUGGUAAUCGACCGCCCUUCUGGCGACAUUCGCCUGCACGAUGGCAAGCUCCUGGGCUCAAAGCGCGUCUCGAGCGUGGCAGGCAUCCUCGGUAUCAUCAAGCUGCGGCUAGACAAGUACAUCAUCGUCAUCACCAAGGCCCAGCCCAUGGGCCGGAUCAAAGGCCACAUGAUCUACAAGGUCGUUGCGACCGAGUUCCUGCCAGUGCGCGAGCGACCGCUGCACGACCCCGACGAGGACAACUACCUCAGCCUGCUCAAGACGCUCAUCAAGACGUCGCCUCUGUACUUUUCCUACUCCUUUGACAUCACCAACAGCUUCCAGCGCCAGGCGCACCUCGACCCCUCGACCCCCCUCUGGAAGCGCGCCGACGACCGCUUCUUCUGGAACCGCUUCGUUUCGAGCGACCUGAUCGACUUUCGUGGAGGCCUUGGCGGUGUAUAUGGACGGCACUCGAGCGGGCAGCAGCCCAAUGUGGACCCGUAUAUCCUGCCUGUCAUGUACGGCAUGAUGGAGAUUAAGAACACGUCCAUCAAGGGUACCCCGCUUACCUUCAUCUUGAUUACCCGAAGAUCGCGUCUCAAGGCGGGAACGCGGUACUUUUCGCGAGGCAUCGACGAGAACGGCAACGUGUCCAACUUCAACGAGACGGAACAGUCCAUCAUACUGAACGACAAUGCAUCGGGCGGCCCAGGCGGCUUUGGGUCGAACCAGAAUGGGGCAGUUGGCGGGAAUCCUGGAAAGGAAACACAGGUCCUCGCCUACGUGCAGACCAGAGGCAGUGUGCCCGUCUACUGGGCUGAAAUCAACACGCUCAAAUACACGCCGAAGCUGCAGGUACGAGGUGUGGAGAAUGCGCUGCCAGCUGCGAAGAAGCACUUUGCCGAACAAAUACGCCUUUACGGUGACAAUUGGCUCGUCAACCUCGUCAACCAGAAGGGUCGCGAACAGCGGGUCAAAGAGGCGUACGAGCAAAUGGUCGACUACCUAGUCAGCUCGCCAGUUGAUAAUGUAGAGGGCGAUAGCAUUACCGCCGAAAGAUUCCAUCUCAUUGAGCCUGCAAACGCGCAAACCGCCUACGACCGCCUGCACUACAUCUACUUCGACUUCCACAACGAAACCAAGGGGCUGCGAUGGGACCGUGCGAAGCUACUGCUGAACCAGCUGGAACCACACAUCUUGAAGCACGGGUAUUUCCGCGGUGUGGAUAUGCCAGGCGACGCCGGCCGCGUCGAGGUCCGACGGCACCAGACUGCUGUCGUUCGAACCAACUGCAUGGACUGUCUGGACCGCACAAACGUCGUGCAGAGCAUGAUUGGCCGCUACAUUCUCUCGCGCAUGCUCAUCGACCUUGGUCUGAUGCACGAAGGCGAGAGCGCAGAGGAAGACCAGGCAUUCGAGUUCCUCUUCCGCAACGUGUGGGCUGACAAUGCAGACGUCGUCUCCAAGUCGUACUCUGGCACAGGAGCGCUCAAGACGGACUUCACCCGCCUGGGGAUCCGCACCAAGCAGGGUGCUCUCCAGGACUUGAGCAACUCCAUCACGCGAUACUGUUUAAAUAACUUCAAGGACGGCCCGCGACAGGACGCAUUCGAUCUCUUCCUAGGCACCUAUCUACCUAGCGAUGAUGGCAUUGGUGGGCAGUUGCUAUUUGCGGACCGAAGACCCAUCUUCAUCCAAUCAAUACCCUACAUCCUCGCUGCCAGCAUCUUCUUCAUCCUUGUUGGCAGCCUUACUCGCCGUGCACCCGAGGCAACCAUCUGGCCGUUACGCCUCUUGCUACUCCUCUCUCUUGUCACGGCUGGCAUGUGUCUCAGUUUUGUCUGGGGUAAUGGCACGCUUUAUGUCAACUGGCCGAAGCUCAACCGCCUUCCAGCACAAGUCGAGUCUUACCAAGAAACGCUCUCCAAAGUAUCGCACCACGCUGUUGUUGGGCCUCUGGUAGGUACGAGGCAUGAGCGCGGAAAGAGCGAUGCUAGACUAUUGGGGUUGGAGGAAGGGAAGAAGAGGAUAGAGUAAUUUGGACAGGACCUUGAACAAUGUCCGCUGGGCUUUCAUGGUGAUGCAUCGGUAGAUCUUGCAUAGCUUAUAAGAUGUAGUAGAUUUUAAUAGAGGUUUAAUGCGACAGAAGGUGUAUUUCAACAGUCGUUCUUGGAACCGUAGAAGCGUACUGGCCCACAUUAAUGUGACUGUAGAUCUAAAGGUGGGUAUAUGUCUUGACGGCGAGCUUUGUGAAGGAGAAUAUGGUGCAUUAAGAUUUUACUUGCAAGACGGGGAUCAUGGGGUCGUACAGGGUAUUACAAUGAAAGAGGUU